UUGACGAUGGCAGCGUGGUUGUGGCAGAGGCCCCUGCAAGUGGCAGACUUUGCGAUGAUGUAUCUUUCUUCUUGGAGAAUUUUUCCUUGAGUUUCUCCUUGCCUUCCUUGACUUUCCUGAACAUUUUGGACAUAUUGCAACGACGAUCGAGUACAGCCCCUUCAAGUCACCUAAUCAGGAAGCCCUUAGAGUACAAUAAGCGCCGUUCUGGCGGUUCUACGUGAGCUAAUAUGCAAACACCCCGUACUCGAUCUCACGCUGCAACUCGCGUUGAGCUUUGCUCUGUUGGGAACACCUGCGAUAUGAUCGGAGGAGUUAGCAAAACUACUUAGCUAGGCCGGUCUCCCUUUGCAUAGUUAUUGAGGCAUCAACCCAACGCGAUGACGAAUUAAUCAUGCGGAAAUGCGUAGCCCAACAGAUAGGAGAUUCAAUGGGGGUUUUUGUGGGAGGACAUGGAUAAAGCCCACUUAUUUCGUCAGCUCCACCACAAUCAGACACUCUCACCCGUUUCUCCCCGAUGUUGUCUCUCUCAAACCAAUCUACGCCUCCCGAUCAGCUAAUUUCGGGCACCGUUCUCGAUAUCUUAAGUCCACUGUCCAGACAAACCUAAACGGCCGCUUGUAUCACUGCUUACAUACUGUGGCAUGCGAGCCUUCCUUAGUCUUGGCUUUGCCUUUCCCUCGCGUGCUAGCCGCGUUUGGUACGCCACUUAUCAUGUCAAUGGAAGACCUUCGUUCGUUGCUCCUGGUUUCUGCUCAUAUUCAGCACAUUCCUCCGUCUCACGAUGUCUACCAUUCUCCAUCCUGCUACUUCACUCAUUCAAUUUCAUCAUGGGCGCUUACCCUGACGCGGUCGUUUUGUGGCCAUUGCUAUCGACGCCGAGUUCAAUCAACGCCACCGAUGCCUACCCCGUGUAUCACUCACGUUUGCCAUCCUCCACCAUCAUCCGAGUCGACGCCACAAAUCACCUUCACGUUACUUCCUGGCUGCC